AUGGGCAAGCACAGUUACGCAAUCGUGCUAGAUGCCGGCUCCUCAGGCACGAGAGUGUACGUCUACCGAUGGCGAAAGAAUGCAUAUGCGCGGAAGAAGUACGACGAUGAGAAAUUGGAUUCACUCCCGCGCAUCAAGACCAAUAAGAAAUGGAGGAAGAAAGUGCACCCAGGAAUCUCAACCUUUGGCGAUAAGCCUGAGGCUGUGGGAUCGGAGCAUUUGAAAGAGCUGGUUGAGUUUGCGCAGGACAUCGUGCCUAAGAAGGAGUAUGAGAACACGCCCAUCUUCCUGCUCGCGACAGCGGGGAUGAGGCUGCUACCGGAUAGUCAGAGAGCGGAUCUGCUGAGUAGUACGUGUUCGUACUUUCAGCGGAACACGAAGUUUCAGCUGCCGGAUUGUGGCUUGCAUGUGCAGGUCAUACAGGGCGAGACGGAGGGUCUUUAUGGCUGGAUUGCUGCGAAUUACCUACUGGGUGGAUUUGACUCUGGCGCGGCUGAUGACCAUGAUCAUGGCAAGAACCACCAUACAUAUGGCUUCCUGGAUAUGGGUGGCGCAUCGGCGCAGAUUGCGUUCGCGCCUAAUGCGACUGAGGCUGAGAAGCAUGCGGACGAUUUGAAGUUGUUGCGAUUGAGGAAGGUUAAUGGCGAGGCUGCGGAGUAUAGGGUGUUCGUGACGACCUGGCUUGGAUUUGGAGCGAAUGAGGCGAGGAGAAGGUAUGUUGAGCACCUACUGGACGUAUCACCGAGCGCGCACGAACUUCCGGACCCAUGUCUGCCAGUGGGCAUCACGAUCAAGAAGACCGGCGAGGUGCUGGAGGCAGGCUCGGGAGAUCUGAAGGGCAAGGAACCCUACUUGCUAGGUACUGGCGACUUUACGCAAUGCCUCAAGAGCACAUACCCUUUGCUGGAGAAAGAGAAGGAAUGUACGGAUGCCCCAUGCCUCCUGAAUGGCCAACACACACCUGCGAUCGAUUUCAACGUGAACCACUUCGUCGGCGUCUCCGAGUACUGGCAUACCACACACGAAGUAUUCGCAAUGGCGCACAAGGACAAGGCAUACGACUUCCAGACAUAUCAGAAGCAGGUGACAGACUUCUGCUCAAGAGACUGGAAGGACAUAGAAAAAGACGUCGCAAAACAUACCUGGGGCAAGAAGGUGGACGAGAAGACGGUCGAGGAGGUGUGCUUCAAGGCGAGCUGGCUGAUCAACAUGCUUCACGAAGGCAUUGGCAUACCACGAGUAGGCAUUGAAGAUGGCAAGCCUAGCAGCGGAGAGAACAAGACGAAGGCGAUUCUGGAUGGCGCGAAAGAUCGGGGUUUCCUCGACCCUUUCCAGGCCGUGGACAAGAUUGACGAUAAGGAGGUGAGCUGGACUUUGGGCAAGGUUGUGCUUUAUGCAUCAUCGCAAGUACCGCCUGCUGAUGGCGCAAUGGCUGUCGGCUUUGGGAGCAACGUCCAGGGAACGAAGCUACCAGGAGACUUCCAGUACCCAGGUGGACGAAUCGAAGGAUUACCGAAGCUCAAUGAGACGAGCCCUCACGAAGAUGACCUGGACUGGCACGACAAGAUUCUGUCGAGCAGCUACUCGAGGCGUGUUCCAGGCAUUCUAAUUUUCCUGGUCAUGCUGGUACUUGCAGUGUAUCUACUCUGCGGCCGUGAGCGGAGACAGUCAUGGUACCACAAGAUGCUGGGUAAGAAGGGCCAGCCAGGGUCGAAACGACGCAAGCCGCCGGGUCGACUGGGCGGCAAGAUCUUUGGCAGCUCAUCGCCGUCAUACGAUCGCGUACUGGAAGAAGGCGAUCCAGAGGAGUUCGAGCUGGGUGACGUAUCGGACGAAGACCGACGAUCAGAUUCAAGCAACGACGGUUUGGACGCUAUGCGCAGUGGCAGAACCUCUGGCAUGGUGACUCCAGCAUUGCGAGGUCUGUCUCCAGAUGUAUCGCGCAACUCGCCACGAGCGAAGAAUUACUUCGACUCCGACACACCCCCUGGGACCUCGAAUGGCUUAGGCAUCACGCCCUUCGAUCGUGCUGGACUACUGUCACGUACCGAGAGCAAGGAGCGAUUACACAUGCCGAGAAGUCACAGUCGGCGAGCAAGCCCUACACGGAAGAGUCCACUCACACCGACGUUGAAGGAGACGUAG